AUGAGCAACGUCUACUUUGACAUUACCAAGAACGGCGCGCCUCUUGGCCGCAUCACCUUCAAGCUCUACGACGACGUCGUCCCCAAGACGACUCGCAACUUCCGCGAGCUCUGCACUGGCUCGAACGGCUUCGGCUACAAGGGCUCGUCGUUCCACCGUGUCAUCCCCGACUUCAUGCUCCAGGGUGGUGACUUCACCCGCGGCAACGGCACCGGCGGCAAGUCGAUCUACGGCGAGAAGUUCGCCGACGAGAACUUCAAGCUCCGCCACACCAAGCCCGGACUCCUCUCGAUGGCCAACGCCGGCCCCAACACCAACGGCUCGCAGUUCUUCAUCACCACCGUCGUCACCUCGUGGCUCGAUGGCAAGCACGUCGUCUUCGGCGAGGUCGUUGACGGUAUGGACAUCGUCAAGAAGAUCGAGGCCGAGGGAUCGCAGACUGGCCGCCCCAAGUCGACCAUCACCAUCGCCGACUCGGGCGUCGUCGCCUAA